AUGGAUGGGUUGUUUACUACCUCUAAGUUAUUAAUUCUACUUUUAAUAACAAAGCUGGAUUUUACAACCUGUCAAUCAAACCUUCAAUUGAUUCCAUCAGCAUUUGAGACGAAUGUCGGUCAUUUCUCUUUAGUAUUACAAGGGACAUCAUCCAAUGUAGCUUGUUCGAUUAGUGGGGACAGCAACUGGGUAAUAACGACACCUACGCUGACAGUAGCAUCUUCAGCAACAGUCAACGGAGAGUUAACAACCCCUGUCACAACUCGUCUUGUGGAAAACAUUGUAGUUUCAUGCAAUGACUCUACAAGUACAGCUACCUCAAAUGUGGCAGUUGAUAUUUCACCAGACGUUACCACCAAUUCAACUUCAGUUUUAGCUUCAACAGUUACAAUAUUUAACAACCCCGCUUUUGAAGACAUUGCACCUUGCACGUGUAAGGAAGAAACCAACCAAUGCACUAUCAACUGCUGUUGUGAUCCUUCAUGUACUGCUGAUCAAAUCUCUACGUUCCAGUGUGUUUCAACUGCAUUAGAUGACCCCAACUUAUGCAGUACAACAUCAACUAACGUACCAGACUACCACCAAUUCACUUGCAUACAAUUCCUUAACUCACCACUUUUAGGAUUAUACUUUACAAACUUCACUGGAAGCUUAAACACAGUAAGCACAACUACAUUUACCACAAGGGCAGCUACACCAGCAACUAAUACAUUCAGCUUUAAACAAACAACCAGUGUCCAAACUACCCCAAUUACACCAUACACAAAUGGAGACCGCAUACAAACCCAAUCACCAAACGGAUUUCUAACUUUUCCGCAAAACUCUCUGUCAGGUCAGUGCAUUCAAACUUCAUACGUGCGGUACCAGAACGAUACAAGCGCAGUGUGUGUAUCUAGAGUCACCUCUGCUACAUGUGCAGCUGGUACAUUGUAUGACGUCAACUAUUAUCUUAAGUCAUCUUCUAUCAUUGCAGCCACCCCAGGUGGUUCUCCAAUAUCACCAAACAUAACUUUUAUAUGUGGAAACCAAACAAACUAUUUAAAAACCUCCACAGCAGCUUCAACUCCUUUUAGGUCAUUUUUUGAUGCAAGUAACCCUGUUAAUUCUGCCACCCCCUGCACCAAUACACCAGGAACACCAAUAUUUAGUGCUGGCUCAUGUGACAACGCAGUUGUUGAUGUGUCCUACAUUAUAACUUGGAAUAGCAGCUCCAUUACUCAAGUUCUAGUCACCAUAACUGUUGCGAAUCUAGUUACAUCAGCAAAUGAUGUUCUUUCUCAGAAGUUUGAAACAAAGUUCGAGCAUAGUUCGAGUGCAGAGACUAUCAUCCAGCGGUCUGGGAAUCCAGGUUAUAACAUUGGUUAUCCUAUUAUUUCAGCUUCAGUGUUUGAAAGCAAUAUUAACCAGACACAAACAUUAUUAGUGUGGUCAGCUACCAAUGAUGGCUUGUGUUCCAGCAGUUUAUCAAGUCCACCAUUAUUUGGAAAAGAUUCUCUCACAGGGUGUUUGGUUAGGUUAUCGUACCUUGAUUUUAAAAACUGUAGCGUCCUUCAAAGUGAAAUAGAAGCACAACAAAGGUCUCUGCUAUCAGCAUCAUAUGUGUCAAGGUUCGGCAACCCUAACACAACAGCUUUAAACACAGACUGGAUCCAAAUAAUUGAUAAUUUGGACUUUAUGAACACUUCAUCAGAAACUGUCCCGGGACAGUGUUUUUCGAUUCCUGCUCAUGUAAUAAUUGAGUUUAUGAUGUCACAGACAGGGACAAUCGAAGGUGCUCCUAUAUUUGAAGUGGUUGGUUCCAGAAUCAGUUGGUCGCGGGUCACUUGGCAGAUGUCAUGCUCUGUUAACCAAGCGUGUCAAACUGGAACCUCAUUGGUUGAAAACUUUGAAAUCACGAGUAGUGUGACCUUUACGGAGGUCAACAGGGUUCAAAGUUCGCCCAUGACUCUAUCGCAACUUGAUGAUUCAGCUUCGUGUGCAAAAGAUGCCACAUGUUGGGGUGAAGUGCUUCUUCCGUUGACCCCACAGUUCUACCUUUCCUUUCCAAUCACCGCUGCUAUGAGUGCAAGAGAAGAAAACAUAGCUUGGGCUCUUGUCGUAAUAUUUUUCUCCGUUGGAGCUGCACUGUUGUCCUUUUCAUCAAUUAGGAUUACAAAAUAG